AUGCAUUUCCCCAGGAGCGCCGUCCCGGCCGCGGCGGUACUGAGCGGCAUCAUCGCCCCCAAGGAUCUGAACGUGAACAGCACCGCCUCGGUCCGCAACGUCGCCGCCACCAUCGCGCACGAUGCCAUGUUCUACUACAAGGGCAACCUGUCCGCCCCCGGCUCCGUCCAAGUCGGAGAUUUGCCCGACCCCUACUACUGGUGGGUCGCCGGCGCCCUCUGGGGUGCCAUGCUGGACUAUUACCACUACACCAGGGACCCGACCUACAACGACGUCGUCAUCCAGGCCCUGCUGAACCCGCCCAACAUCUCGCCCAAGUUUGACUACAUGCCGGCCGAGCACGCCGGCGAGGAGGGCAACGACGACCUCUUCUUCUGGGGUUCCGCCGCCAUGUCGGCGGCCGAGCGAAACUUUCCCCAGCCGGUCGCGUCGGCGCCCCCCUGGCUCGACAUUGCCGUCAACGUCUUCAACUCGCUCGUCAGCCGGUGGGACUACGGCAACUGCGGCGGCGGCCUGCGCUGGCAGAUCUACCCCACCAACCCCAACGGCAUGAACUACAAAAACUCCAUCAGCAACGGCGGCCUCUUCCAGCUCGCCGCCCGUCUCGCCCGCGCCACCGGCAACGAGACGUACACCGAGUGGGCCCGGAAGACCUGGGACUGGACCGCCUCGGUCGGUCUCAUCGACCCCCAGACGUCGCAGAUCUACGACGGCGUCGACAUCAAGGACGCCUGCAAAAAGGUCAACAAGCUGUCCUUUUCCUACACCACCGGCGUCUACCUCUACGGCGCCGCCGUCAUGGCCAACCACACGGGCGAGGACCUGUGGGUCAACCGAACGAGCCGCCUGCUCGACGGCGCCGCCUUCUUCUUCUCCAAGCAGGGCACCAUCCGGGACGUCAUGUUCGAGCCCUCGUGCGAGCCCUACGACCGGUGCAACUUUGACAUGGUCACCUUCAAGGGCUACCUGUCGCGCUUCAUGUGGCAGACGUCGGUCAUGCUGCCGGCCCUGCGCGAGCGCCUCGAGGGGUACCUCGUGCCGUCGGCCAAGGCGGCCGUCAACGUCUGCAUCGGCGGCACCGACGGCCACCAGUGCGGCAUGAAGUGGUACACGGGCGCCUUUGACGGCAAGAUCGGCCUCGGCCCGCAGAUGUGCGCCCUCGAGGCCGUGCAGGGGCUGCUCGCCCAAUACGCGGAUGCGCCCCUGAAGGGCGACGACCUCCAGCACGUCACCGACGCCAACUGGACGGCCAUCAACACCUACAGCGACAUGGUCAUAACACCGCAGUCGAAUUCAUCCGCGCUGUGGAAGAACGGGACCAGACUGCUGUCGAAUUCGACGCGGCUGCGUCCGGCGUCGACCCUGCCGCCGGCACAGGCAUGGACGCCGCCGGCCGCCGCCGCCUCGUGA